ACAGGCUUAACGAGGACUAUUCUUAAAUGUUUAAUGUUUUGACAGUUACCAGAGAGAGAAUAAAUGUCUCGCAAUCAAUCAUUUUGAAUGCGUUUAAUAAAUACGUUUAUAUUUUAGGCUAUUGCUAUUAUUGGUUAAAGUUUAGGCUACUAGCCUAUAUAGUCCAAUGGGAAUUCGGGAGAUCCAACGCAAUUGUGGAAAUAUUGACCGAGGGCUCUAGCCUACCUUUGGACUAGCAAAUAAAAGGUAGAGUUGUCUCCCUUGUCCUUACUAGCGGUCGUUACCGACAUGUCUGACUGGACGGAUAUUCUACCGAGAUACAUGAAGAAAUAAAACGCUCCAACUAUCCUCCACCGGUCUUUUUUUUGGACGGAGAUGGUCUCGCGUGGAAUAACGGAUUUGUGAAGCUAUGGCGCUCGGGCACGGCUCCAAAAAGUCGCGCUCCUGUGAUUUGGAGGUAGCACCAGCUCCUGUGGACCUGCCAUUGGAAUGGGUGGGGCCCGGUAACGAAGCCUCCAUGACGUCCUCUAAGAUGUUGAGACGACCCUGCAGGUGUCUCCUAGCCUUCCUUAUCAUCUUCACCAUCAUCAUCCUCUCGGGAGGAGCAACUCUGGCAUGGUACUUCCUGGAGUACAGGUUAUGGGUGCUGGAGCCCAGGGUACCACAGCAGUAUACUGCUAGACUCUCUAUCCUCAACAGGAACUACUCCUCUGGUCUCUCCUCUCACACCAGCCCAGCCUUCACAGCCCAGGCAAAGGAAGUACAAGAUAUGGUGAGGAGGAUAGUGAAGGGCUCAGACCUAUCUCGCUACUUCAACUCCACCAAAGUCUUUGCUUUUGGGGAGGGAAGUGUGGUGGCACACUUCUGGCUGGUACUGUCAGUCCCCGACAGCCAUGUUGGUAAGGUAACUAUAGAGCGAGUCAGCAGCUGCCUACACAGUCUACUAGGGGCCUACAGAGGGAGUGACAGAGAGGAGACUGCUAACUAUGGAGAAUAUCUGUUGCAUCUUCCCUCUUUCUCUAUCACAGAAACAGACCCCAAAGUUGUAGAACUUUUGAAAGCUUCAUUUGACUGCUACAGGUACCAGGUGGUCAGCUCCAGCACAGCGGUGGCUAUGAGGGGACCUAACACCCAGCGCUCGUCCUGCCUUUGGCACCUCAGGGCCCCGCAAGGUUCCAGCACCCAGAGUUUCAGACUGGAGCUGAGGAUGGAGUGGCUCCUACCAGAGUGUAGAGAUAGACUGGCUGUCUAUGAUGGUUUAACACCUACUGAUACUCACCUCAUCACCUCUCUGUAUGGCUGCAGCAGACAAGAGCGUGUUGUUCAUGUGUUGUCAUCAGGAGAGUGGAUGACAGUGGUCUGGAAACAGGGUCUCUACAACUACAAAGACCCCUUCUCCCUGUCUGCACAGGCCUGGACCACUGAAAUGUGUUCCUCCAACAUAGAGCUGCAGCCAGUAUCAGGGGUACAGGGUAGUCUACGUACCCCCUUCUAUCCCAGCUACUACCCACCAGACACCAACUGUACCUGGACAUUCACUGUGCCCUCUGCAGACUAUGGACUAUCACUGGAGUAUGAAGGUUAUGAGCUGAGCAGGGCCAACUAUAACCAGGCCUGUACACAGGGACAGUGGAUGGUACAGAACCGCAGGUUCUGUGGGACGAGAGGUCUCCAGCCGUAUGCUGAGCGCCUCUACCUCCUCUCCACGGCAACCAGAGUUGUCAUGACGUCCGAGGUGUCAAUCACAGGGCCUGGACUCCAGGUCCACUACAGCCUCUUCAACCAAUCAGAUCCCUGUCCUGGUCAGUUCCUGUGUACUCUAAAUGGUCUGUGUGUUCCAUCCUGUGACGGCAUCAAAGACUGCCCCAACGGACUGGACGAGAGGAACUGUGUGUGUAUAGCCCAGUACCAGUGUCCAGAGGACAGUCAGUGUGUCGACUACUUCAAGGUGUGUGACCAGCACCCAGACUGCCUUGAGGCCAUGGAUGAAGAGAACUGCACAGAGGGUGUACAGUGUACAGACAGAACGUAUGUGUGUGCUGACGGGACGUGUCUGAAGAAGCCGAACCCAGAGUGUGACUUCAUCACCGACUGUCCUGAUGCCUCCGAUGAGAGACACUGUGACUGUGGUCUGAGGCAAUUCACCAGUCGCGUUGUGGGAGGAGUCAACGCUACUGAAGGGGAGUGGCCAUGGCAGGUCAGCCUUCAGAUCGGUGGACGUCAUGUCUGUGGGGGGGCUCUGGUCUCCAGCCAAUGGGUGGUGUCCGCUGCCCACUGUUUCUAUGAUGACCGUCUCUCUCCCAGAGCGUGGACGGUCUACCUAGGUAAGUUCCUAUUGAGCCGCAGCAGUCAGAUGGAGGAUGCCAUUCGGGUGCAACAGAUCCUCCUGCACCAGUACUACGAUGACGAGACACACGAUUAUGACUUGGCUUUGCUGCGACUGGAGAGACCUGCAGCCCCAGGCACCCUGGCCCAGCCCGCCUGCCUGCCGUCACCUACACACCAGCAAGAACCUGAGCUACUCUGUUGGGUCACGGGCUGGGGGGCGCUACGUGAAGGAGGCACUCCCAGUAACGUGCUGCAGAAGGUGGACGUGCGUCUGGUGAGCGAGGAGGCCUGCUUCCGUUCCUACGGUUACAUGGUCACUCCCAGGAUGUUGUGUGCCGGCUACCGCAGCGGAGAGAAGGAUGCCUGUCAGGGUGACUCGGGCGGUCCGUUGGUCUGCCAGGAGAACUCGGGUCGUUGGUUCCUAGCGGGCGUGGUCAGCUGGGGAAAGGGGUGUGGCCGGGCCGACUACUACGGCGUCUACACCCGCAUCACCAAACUCACCGGCUGGAUCAAAGAACACAUCUCUGGACCUGGCUGACCUUCAUCAUUCUCACCAUCAUCAUCACCAUCCCAAAACAUUGUUAUCAUGUAGUAAUUGAUGUGAUCUAUUCUCUGUGUCAGUCCUUAGUAUAUUUAGAUGUCCGUCAGGGUUUUAACAGUGUCAUUGACCUUCUGGCAGUCUGGCACCAAAGUUCAUCAACCUAACAAGCAGACUUUCUGUCUCCUCUGGGCAAAUACACACUCUGCAGUAUUGGGCUCUACAUUCAACACUGCUCCCUAGUGGAAGUUGUUAGAAUUACAACAUAAUUAAGAACUACCAUACCAAGGCAAUAGGCCCCUCAAAUUCAAAUCUGGACCUUAAAGCUCCACUGCUUUUGUUCAUUCAUGCCCUAAUCAGGGAUGGAUUUACACCUGCGACACCAGGUGUGUGCAAUUAAUUAUCAGGUAGAACAGAAAACCAGCAGUACUCUGCACCUCGUAGGGUCAGAUUUGAAUGCACCUGCAAUCGUCCUUGAUUCCUUCAUCGAAUGUUUGUCUGUUUAUAUACUGCUGUGGAUUGGAAUGGGUUAUGCACAGAUCAUUUCAGUCAGUGCACUACACUUGAAAUGAAUGAAUAUUUGUCUGUUUAUAUACUGCUGUGGAUUGGAAUGGGUUAUGCACAGAUCAUUUCAGUCAGUGCACUACACUUGAAAUGAAUGAAUGUUUGUCUGUUUAUAUACUGCUGUGGAUUGGAAUGGGUUAUGCACAGAUCAUUUCAGUCAGUGCACUACACUUGAAAUGCUGAUUGCUUUCAGUGUAUUUCAUUGCAUGAGGUUUCUGAUGAAAGCCAUUGAAGGCCGAAAUGUCAAUCUUUAAAAUGGUGAGCGUGACUUGCGCCGUUUCCUUUUCAAUUACAUGAUGUUCAUCAUUGAAAAUUAGAGCUGGAGCUUGUAAACCUUUCAAAACAUGAGGGAAUCCUAACUGGCACCCUAUUCCCUCUGGGCUCUGGUUUAAAGUAGUGCACUAUAUAGGGAAUAGGGCGCCAUUUGGGACGCCAACCGUGAGGGUCGGAGUCAUCAUGAGGUUUCAUCAAUAAACCAGCAGAACUGUAAGGGUUUUAUUGGCGUGUUAAAUUAGAACGGGAGUGUUGGGUCUGGUACCCAGAGAGAGUCUAGUCUAUUACAGACAGAAAACACACACACACACUAGUGGAGGCUGUUGAGGGGAGAAUGUUUCUGAGUGUUGGGUCUGGUACCCAGAGAGAGUCUAGUCUAUUACAGACAGAAAACACACACACACCAGUGGAGGCUGUUGAGGGGAGGAUGUUUCUGAGUGUUGGGUCUGGUACCCAGAGAGAGUCUAGUCUAUUACAGACAGAAAACACACACACACACACCAGUGGAGGCUGUUGAAGGGAGGACGGCUCAUAAUAAAGGAGCCAAUAGAAUGGUAUGAACCACAUGGAAACCACGUUGUUGAUGUGUUUGAUACCAUUCCACUGACUCCAUUCCAACCAUUAUUAUGAGCCGUCCUCCCCUCAGCAGCCUCCACUGAUACACACACACACAUGCACAGACAGACAAAAAUACAGACACACAUACAGACAGACACACACACGCACGCACGCACGCACGCACGGACACAUGUAUAUACACACACACACACACACACACACACACACACACACACACACACACACACACACACACACACACACACACACACAUAUACAAACAACACCAUAACAA